GGUGCCCUACUCCGCUGUUACCUACUCAUCCCGGCCAGACAGCCAUGCAGAAAGCGGGGCUGCUGCUAGGCGCCGGUGCCCAGGCAUGGAAAUCGGUAAGGACGGCCAGCUCCAGGGUGACCCGCCGCGACCCGCUGGCGAAUAAGGUAGCCCUCGUAACGGCUUCCACCGAAGGGAUUGGCUUCGCCAUUGCCCGGCGUCUGGCCCAAGAUGGGGCCCACGUGGUCAUCAGCAGCCGGAAGCAGAAGAAUGUGGACCGGGCAGUGGCAGAGCUGCAGGGAGAAGGUCUGAGCGUGACAGGCACCACGUGCCACGUGGGGAAUGCUGAGGACCGGAAGCGGCUGGUGGCCAUGGCUGUGAACCUUCAUGGAGGUAUUGAUAUCCUGGUCUCCAAUGCUGCUGUCAGCCCUGUCUUUGGAAGCCUAUUGGAUAUCACCGAGGAUGUAUGGGACAAGGUUCUGAACAUUAACGUGAAGGCCACAGCCCUGAUAACAAAGGAAGUGGUGCCAGAGAUGGAGAAACGAGGGUAUAGAGAAGGCGGCGCAGUGGUGAUUGUGUCUUCCAUAGGAGGCUUCAUUCCUUCUUCUGGCAUGGGCCCUUACAAUGUUACUAAAACAGCCUUGCUGGGCCUUACCAAGAACUUGGCCAUAGAUCUGGCCUCAAAGAACAUUAGGGUGAACUGCCUAGCACCUGGAUUAAUCAAGACUAACUUCAGCAAACUGUUGUGGAAGGACAAGGCAACAGAGGAAAAAAUGAAAGAAAACUUGCAGAUAAGAAGGCUAGGCAAGCCAGAGGACUGUGCAGGCAUCGUGUCUUUCCUGUGCUCUGAAGACGCCAGCUACAUCAAUGGGGAGACAGUGGUGGUGGGUGGAGGAACCCCAUCACGCCUCUGAGGACCUGAAGACAGCCCACCAGGGCAGAAGUUGAGCUCUGACUCCUGGGUGCUGUCACAGCAUUCUUCCACUGGCCUUUCCCACCUGUGCCUAUCAUACUGUUCACCUCCAAAAUCAGUUCUGUCCUGUGAAAAGAUCUAGCCUUGCCUGAGGUCAAGGUGUGGUCUUAUGAGGAUUCUCGCAGUUGCUGUGGCCUUGGAUGAAGGCUUCCCCUGAGAACACAGGGCAGGCCUGCUGAGAAGGAUGAGUCUACCUUGGCAAAGACCAACAAAUACUUUUUUUCUGGGCUUCUGGGGAAUUUGAGGGGAGAUGGGAGAGAAGGCACCUGGAGUGGAAGGAGCAGGGUUGAAAAUUAACUUGCAAAUGAGGUGCAAAUAAAAUGCAGAUGAUGUUA